AUGUCUAAAACCAGAGGAGCGACUUUAAAGAAGGAAGUUCAAGCAUUGCUUAAAUCUGAAGAGUUCCAGGCUAUACUUCAGGCAACGAUAAAAGAAGCAGUAACUGCAGCGUUACAGGGUAUUGUCGAGCCUAUGAAAGAAAGGAUCGACUCUCUCGAAGAAAAAGUUUUAAAUUGUGAAACAGAACUAGCACGUGUUGUUGUUAAAGCGAACGAAAACGAGCAAUAUUCCCGUCGUCACAACAUUAGAGUGUUCAGUUUCGAUGAAAAUAAAGAUGAGGUCUGCACUGAUAAAAUAGUUAAGUUCUGCAAUGAAAAGUUGAAUGUUGAAAUUGUUAACAGGCAGAUUGAUAGAGCUCAUCGAGUAGGGAAACCAAAUGGAAAUAAGCCCAGAGCGAUAAUUGUACGCUUCAAAGCUCACACAGACAAGUUAGCUGUUCUAUGUAGAAGAAGUACUCUUGUUGGUACCGAUUUUUACAUUAAUGAAGAUCUGACAAAAUAUAACCAGAAAUUACUACUGAAAGCGAAAAAGAAUAGUUUAAACGUUAGUUCAACUUGGUCGUCCGAUGGAAAGAUUUUUGUGAAAAGAAGUUCCGACGAGAGAAGGCUGAGAAUC